UACGUUCUACAUCCACGGAGCGCGUGAAGCGUGAUCGAUCCGAUAUUCCGAUCCACGCCGGCCGCGAUGCCGCCUGGUCGGUGGUUUCGUGAUUACGCUCGUGUCCCGGCGCCGGCCGGCUACUUGUCAACUAGAAGCGGAUUCAACAACUUCGGUGGGAUGGAAAACUUGGACGUAAUCGACACCUGCGUCAACGGCAUCCACGAGAAGCGCCGCUCCAAGCGCGAGGCUGGCAUCGCGGGGCUCGUGGGCGCGCUCGAGGAGUUCGUGCCCAUGGACCGAAUCGACUACCGCUGCCUCACCGCCUUGGAAGGCUGCAAGGCCUCUCUGCUCGGCCGGCAGGAGUCCGCCUUGCUCGCCUACCGCGCCAUCGGCCUCCUCGCGCUCACCGUCGGUGCCAAUCGCGAUUGCUCCGAGGAGAUCCUCGCCAACGUGCUAGCGCUCCCCGUCUUCUCGAAGCCGAGGUCAAUGUCCGGCGGCACCGCCAGGGCCGCCCUCGACUGCCUCGCCGCUGUCACCUUCGCCGCCGCGCGUUGCCCGGAGGACGCGGAGCCGUCGAUCAAGAUCAUCUGGGCCGUGAUCAAGCAUAAUCUGGCCGGGACUAAUGCUAGUAACACGGAUAUUGUCUUGAACGCCGCACUGUCGGCAUGGGCGUUGCUGCUCACCACCCUCGGCGGCAAUCUGAGGACGCAGCCGCACGCCUGGAAAGAGGCCAUGUUCCCGUAUGGCGACCUCGUCAAGCUCCUCGACACUGACGACUCCGCCGUCCUGACGGCCGCCGGCGAGGCGCUGGCCGUGUGCGCCGAGCUCAACCUGACGCGGCACGCAACGCCGAAAGACAUGCAGGCACUCGAGAGUAAAGUGGCCGACCUCGCAAGCGGCAGCCGAGGCGUGGAGGAAGACUACGAUCUGACGGGCGAACAAUGUGUCAUGUUCCGGCAGAUCUCCACCAUGGUUAAGGCGAAGCAAGAACAAGGAGAUGGCUGGGAGGAGGAGGACUUGAUGAUGCGGAGGUCGGCGCCGUCGAGCCAGCGUUGCGUGCUCAAGGUUUCCAAGUGGGCGAGGCUGGUCCAGCUCAACUUCCUGAAGCGGUUCCUCGGCAAGGGCUUCGUCAAGCACGCCCGAGACAACCCACUCUUGCAAGAGAACUCGAGCGACGCCGCUGCCGUCGAUGAAGUGCCGUCCGGGAAGAGCAAGCAGUGCAGAUUUGGAAGAGAAAAGCAGUGGUCCGUGGCCCUCAGGAGAGACCGCAUGAUUGGUUGGGAAAACAAGAACGCAUUCUCCCAACUUCUUUAG